AGACAAGAUCGACUUUAUUUAGGAUUUUUCAACCUGCCAAAGAAGCCUUUCACAGGCCAUUCACGGUUUCUGGACUAGAGAUAUGGAUACCAUGUUUUCUCGCCACCUCUUUCUGAUAAUCGUUCUCUCUUUAUUUGCAGGAAGAGGCAAUGCGGAGAAAGCAGGGGCGUUGUUUGUGUUUGGAGACUCCUACGCAGACACAGGAAAUAAAGAUCCAUACAAUCAAAGCAUAAACCACCCAUGGAGAAGACCAUACGGUUUGACCUGGCCUGGCUAUCCUGCUGGCAGAUUUUCUUCUGGAAAAAUCCAGACAGAUUUUUGGGGGGAUAUUUUAGGACUUUCCGCUCCCAUAGCUUAUGAGCUGCUGAAAAGUCAUGACUGUAAAGCAAUUGCGAAGAAGAUUAGACAUGGAGUGAAUUUUGCAGUCGGAGGCAGUGGAAUAUUUGAAGACUACGGUUUCAAAACUAUAGCACAACAAGUUAAGCAGUUCAAGAAGCUGAUAUGGGAAAGUCAGGGGUUCGGCUCUCACAAGCUCUCGCAGUCUGUAGUUCUCAUCUCUGUGGCUGGUAACGACUACCUUGCAUUCCUCGGUAGCAGAAACGGCUCCAUUGAGGGACUGAAAGAUCUGGUGAAACCUGUGGUAAGCGGGACAAUCGACGCUGUGAAACAGCUGUAUAAAAGCGGGCUUAGGAAUUUUGCGGUGAGUAAUAUCGGUCCCUUUGGGUGCGCGCCUCAGAUCGGCAAAACAUCCUGUGAUUCAAACUACGAUGAAAUUUUAGCUCUUCAUAUAGAGUUAUUGAAGGAGGGCAUAGAAAUCCUCAAAUCGGAUCUCAAGGAAUUGUCCAUCAUAAUUUCAGAUUUGGUGUCUGCAAUUAAUCAUAUCUUCUCCAGUUCUGCACAAUUUGGUUUUGUGGAUUUGUUUGUUCCUUGUUGUGCUGCAAGAGGCAGGGCUGAUAUGUGCGGAGAAGUGGAUCAAGUAGGGAGGGCUUUAUAUGAAGUGUGCUCUAACGUAGAUGAAAAGUUCUACUGGGAUGCAGGCCAUCCAACACAGAGAGGAUGGAAUGCGAUAAUGUGGCUGUACAGUAAUGGAGUGAAAGUGGAUAAUAGCAGUAUCAGUUUUAUUGAGGGGGCGCCUAACGUUAUUGAGUGGGUAGAGUCACUUGGUUUUGUGGCUUACAAUAUCUCAACAAAGUUUUCACCUAAAUAAGCUUUUUAUGGGCAAUUUGUGGAUCUAUUAAAUGAAUACCAUGUAUCAAAUGAUUUUAGAACUUUUCUUUGAAACAUUUUAAGAUUCUCUACAGGAAGCCGAACUUUUAUUUUAUAUUUUAUAUUUCCGAAAAUAUUUUGUUCAGUGCAAUCGUGCAACCGUGAAAGGGUAGAUUAAAUGCCUUGCUACAAAAUAUCAUUGGUUGCUUUCGAUGGUGGACAACUUUGACAUCAAGCAUUUAUAUUAAUGGUCACCUGUAAUAUUUUUGCCCUGAG